AUGAAUGCGCCCAUUGUCGCACUUGAUUGGCUCGGCGACAUGAGCGUACCUUCAAUCCUUCCCUGUCGAACGACCUAUCUGGAAGAGGGAGAGAAAGAGGUAGAGCGCUCCGUACUGAACUCUAGCUUCACGCACUAUGAAAACGCACCUAGCGAAGAACGAGAGGAGGAUUCAGGUACUGUCAAGAGGAAAGCACCUUCACCAGAAAGAUCGGACGCCAGAAGUCCUAUUCGUUUUGAUGGUGGGCGGGAUCUCCUUUCGCCGGGACCAGAAGUGUCUUGUUUGGGUCGCCGGAGAUCGGGAAUUUUGACCGGCUUGCCGAUACAAUUCGAGGCAGAUCUUGAGCCGGUAAGAGGAAGAUCUUUCCUCCGUCCGCGCAUAGCGACGGAGACUUUCAAGGAUCCAUCCGAUGCUUCCAUUCCUCGCCGUUCCAUUCCAGCGGCAACGACGAACCCUACUAGCAUCGCGGUGCAGGAAGCCCUUCGAAGAAGGGAUGCUCGCGACGUAUUUGAUGUAUUCUUCUCAGAUGCCUUACGAGUUUCACCUUCACGCUCACCAUCACCCUCCUCGUCGGUAUACUCUUCAUCGACUGGCUCGGAGAAAUGGAUGACGCCGCCUACGACACAGAAGCCAACUGGAAGGUGUAAUCCUGUUGGGUACAGGUACCCAAGUGCUAUUUCCCAGGUCCAGCCCUCUCGCUCAGCGAUGAAUACCAAGACCUCUUCUCCAGUGAGCCCCAAUUUCUCUCGACCGUUGCGCUCUGUGGUGGCGCAAGACUACUCCUUACCUCCAUCUCGCAAAGUCUCUUUCGCCGACCGCAACUUUCCGUGGGAGAAAGAUGACGAUGAUUGUAAGCCAGAUAGACGAAAGAGCAGCCUUGCCGAAAGAAGCCCGCUCCCAGCACCUCCAGGUCAGCAUGAGAAGAGAGAUUUCAGCUUUGAAGCGGGGCUUCACGCUCAGGAGACGAGGUUCGAACAGAAGUUCGAGGGGAAGCAGCGAAGGCAGGCGCGAGGUGACAUCGCUAGACUGGCAACGCGGAAGAGGGAGAGGGAGAGGGAGCAGCGGGCGAUUAGGGGGAGUAGGACAUCUGGAACGGACGAGCCCAAGUUGCGACAGGAGUAUCAGAGGCUGAGGCAAGAGAUGGCGCUGCUGAGGGAGGAAUUUCGGGCUCUGAGGCAGACGCUGGUGAAUUCGAGGCGGUGA